UCAGCUAUUUAGCGAUUGGGAGAUAGUUCAUUGUCUUUUCGCAUUCAAAGAAAGAAGGGGUAAUCGGCACUAACACAGGAGGAGAUUACAUCGAGGGAGAUACCAUUUUCCUCCACGUCGGAGGUUUGGUACUACACGUCUCCUAAGUUUGUCCUGUCAGAAUGGAAGGUUCAAGCAGUCUAUCCAACGCAGGAAAUUUUGGAUCUAUUGGAAGACAAUCACAAGCUUCCCCAAAUAACAGGGAUAAUAGUAUUUCUCCUCCAAGUAAUAUGCACCAUCAUCAUAGUGCUUCUUUAAAUAAUCUUCUCAUAGAUGAGCAACCAGCUUGGCUCGAUGAUCUCCUAAGCGAGCCAGCGUCUCCCAAGAUCAACAAAGGUCACAGGCGUUCAGCUAGUGACACAUCUGCCUACUUAAACUCGUCUUUAAUGCCUUUUAGAGAAGAUGACCUUCUGAAUAGUCAUUUUUCUGGGCCAUCUUGGCUAGUCCAGAAUAUUAACCAGCAUGAUGAUUUGUGGCAUCCUAACUCUUACGACAACCACAGUAAAUUGGGAUGGGAGUUUUCUAACAAAACUGGAACUAACCUCCAAACACAUGUGUCAUGGGGAGCUGUAAAUAGAGCAGGUACCUCUGCCUCGAAAUCAGCUGAAAUACAAGCAAGUAAAAUGAAAGAAGGCUCUUUAACAAAACCAGACGGUCCUGGAUCAAAAAUUGACUCUAAACGUAUCAAACACCAAAAUGCUCACCGGGCACGUUUAAGGAGGCUUGAGUACAUAUCAGAUUUGGAAAGAACCAUCCAAGUGCUACAAGCUCAAGGAUGUGAAAUGUCAUCUGCCAUUCACUAUUUGGAUCAACAGCUGGUCAUGCUUGGUAUGGAAAAUAGAGCCUUGAAACAACGUCUGGAUAGUUUAGCAGAAAUCCAAAAACUUAAACAUGUUGAGCAACAAUUCCUUGAAAGAGAGAUAGGAAAUCUGAAGUUUCGAAAGCACCAACAACAACCACAACCACAACAGAAUCAGAAACAAACACAGCAAAACAGAUACAACAACUACCGCCCACCCACCACGCAGGAACCCGAGUCCCAGUUUGCAGCCUUGGCGAUAUGAUUUUAGGAAAAUAUGGAUCCACUUCCAGUUAAAUUUCUCAGUAUGCUCUAUAAGGUCUUAUAAACCUUUUUCUCAGUGUUCAUAUACGAUAGGUAAGUCCAGUAAUGCUUGCAGUCUGGAAUGAAUGCCUGAGCAAAGUAUAGUCACAUAUAUUAUAAUGUGGAUGUUCAAAUUAUUAUUUUUUAUAUAAUUAUUUUUAUUAAAGUUGUGUAAGAGUCUGUGAAACAACUCUAUCAUGUUAAUUAUGUUGUAAUAUAUAUACUAUUAAUUUUCUACA